AUGAUGAUCCCACAAAAGUUUCUCGUCAUGAAGUGUGUUCGAAUCCUAUUUAUUCUACAUGUAGCAGGCAUUCUAUUCGUUGCCUACAAGAUUUAUAGCAGCAGCACGAGUCAGCCGGGUACCACCAACGCCUCAGCCCGAGAGUACUUUGCCCGGAAGUCCAAUGGCAAUGCCUCAUCAAGUGUUGGCUUUUCUAGUAACAAUAAUGUUAUUGAAGUUCAAUAUACUGCUACAGUUGCUGAAUUGGGCGAAAACAACGAUGAAUUUAUUAACGAAGAAGAGGAUGAAGGUGAAGUAAACACUGACACCGUGAGUGACGAUGAAGAUAAUACUGAUGCCGCUACUGAAAAUAUUGAACAACCUGAGCAAGGUAAACAAAAUAAUAUUGCUUUUCAAAGUAAAAAUGUGAAUAGAAAGAAAGACGACACCCGAGCAGGAAGUUCUGUUCUUUCUCAGCAAACUUCAAAAAGCAAUGGUCCAAACUUGGCUUACAAGAAAGAGCCGUUAGGGUUGCCUCUGUCCAGCUUGGGUACACCACACUGGACAAUAAUGUAUGCCGGGAAGUAUAGCAAGUCGCUCUACUCACCACCAGCGAACGAAAGACCCAUUCAGCGACUUCCUGGGGCGAUUGUCAUCGGGUCACCCAACUCCGGCAUUAGACCCCUGGUGGACUUCCUCGAAAUGCAUCCACAGAUCGUUCCUCUUAAAAAAGAGAUCACCUUCUUUGACAAUCAGGACAGGCUUCAGUUUUUCUCUAGUGACUUCUUGUCUCAGAUGCCUGUCACCUAUAGUAACCAGGUGACAGUUGUGAGGGCACGGUUUUCAUACUGGACCAGGAAGUCUAUCUGCGACCUGUACUUUCGGAACAAGAUGUUGAAAGUGAUUGUUGUGUUGAGGGACCCAGUGUCUCGGAUACUGUCACAAGUCACUAAUAGCAACAAAGGCAGAGCUGGUCAGCUGGUUGUCGCACAACAGGGACAGACCUUGAAGAUCAACAACGAUACAGAAACCGCCGAGUGGGGCCGGUAUGUGGAGUACCUGAAGAUGUGGACACAGUGCUUCCCCAAAUCACAGAUUCACAUUGUUGAAUGGAGCGAUAUCAUGCAGCGUCCCUCCUUGACAGUUCACAUAAUUGAAGGAUUCCUUGGUGUCCCGUACAAGCUGAAAGCGGAUAAUUUCUUCAGAGAUGAAGCCAGACGAGUGUAUUGCAUCCGGCCGCUACACACAAAGAGCAAGACAUGCCUAUCUGACAAAAGAGGGAAGAUUCCGGAGUUGACACCUCAGGAGGAAGCUCUCAUUUACAACUUUUAUAGCAAACAUAAUGAGGAGUUAUUUAAAUUACUCGGGCAGAGGUACCAUUGGGGACCAUAA